UGUGUCCUUGAUGAGUGUGCUCAUCCCCAAGCUGCCCCAGCUCCAUGGAGUCCGGAUUUUUGGAAUCAAUAAGUACUGAGGGUGUAGCUCCUUCCUCGGCCUGGUUGGCAGGGGAAGGGUGGAAGGCCUUUGCUGUGAUGCUGAAAACAGGAGCCUCUGACACUGCUGGAAAUGGGGGUGCGCCCUUGGUCUGGCUUCCCCCUUGUUCCCCAGUAGCCAACUUGGAGUAGCUUGUAGUGGGGUUAGGGUAGGGCCCUUGGGCUCUAACCCAUUCUGAAGUUUUUGAUCUUUUCCUUUUGCCUUUUGAAUAGGACACCAUGGGGGUUGUCAUGGAAGGGACUGGGCUCCCUGGCUGACUGUGGACCUGGGAGGUUGGAAUAGGAAACCAGGGAGAAAUUCCUGUUGGCUUAUUUACCCUCAGGCAGUCAUAGCACUUUAGCUCCUGAGGAAGGGGCAGAGGGACGGUACAUUGCUGCAUUGCUUCCCUUCAGUUCUUCAGUCUGUAGGGUGAAACUCACUGUUUUGUGUAUAUUGGAAACUCGCAUGUGGCACUGCCUCAGCCCUCUGGGUAGAGAGCUGUCUGAUCCAAGUGUCAGGCUUGGUGGCUUCCCUGUAACUCACCCUGGGUAUGGGUGAGUUGUAGGGUGGGGGAAAGGCAAGGAGAGGAAGAUAGGGCUGGUGGGGACCCUGGUCUAGAGGUAGAGGGCUAGGAUGCUCCUGCCCUGGUCCUGGGGAGUCUCGAGCAGGGGCAGGGAGGUGGAUAGUGGGUUGAAUCUUAGAGUGGGCUGGAUAGCAGCAGCCAGCAGAGAGUGGUGUAAAAGAGGUCUGGGGAGAAGUUAGACCCAACCUCCUUUGGGAUGUGGGCUGGGAGGGGAGCUGACUUGGAAGCUUAAUUUGCCCAUGAAUGGUGGUGUUGGGGAAGGGAAGCUUCUGUGGGUUUGAAGCUCCUGGUUGGCACGAGGGGUAUGCAUGUCUGGAAGAGACUGUGAACUACCAGAAGCCCAGGCCCAGUUUUGACCCUUCCCUCUGCAGGGGUGUGAGGAAACUGAUAGAGGCAGUGGGGCCCUUCCUCAGCCCCUUACCUUGUGUCUUUGUGCAGACUGUGCUGGGGCAGUGCAUCUUGUGUGGCAUGCACGUGAAGGGCCUUGAGGCCACCACCACAUGAGGUUGGUGGGUCCCAGAGUGCUGCAGGACCUCUGCCCAAGCAGGGCUGUGGAGGGAGCAGUUGCAGGCGCUGUCUCCUCAGCCUGAGGAGAAGUGGGACCCUGAGCCUAAGACUGGGCUGGAGAGGAGCUGUCUUCUCCCUUCGCUGGUUCGACUGGGGGUGUGUUCCUUUGGAAAGUUGUGAGUGCCCAGGCUCUCUCCUAGGGGUCGCAGGGAGGAUCACUAGCCCUGUUUUCUUCCCCUGGUCUUCACCCCCAUGUAUCAUAGGGAACUUUCACCUUACGAUCUUUCUAAGCAGUGUGAAUAGAUUUUUACUCCCUUUGUACAGUAUUCUGAAAAAUGCAAAUAAAAAGCAAAAAAAGUUCCUGUUUA